ACUUUUUAAAAAACUAAGUAGGUCAGAAAAUUGAAAUAAAAAAACUUCUAAAUUUUAAAUUUGAAUUUUCGAUUUAAAAAUUUGAGUUUCGUUCGUUUUAAAGUUGAUAUUCGUAAUCAGCGCAAAAGACUGCGUCUAAUGGUGUGUUUUUACGGCUGGUUUGAGAGAAAAAAUAUCGCUCAACCCACCGCAGCUGAGGGCGACAGUUACGGGUUUUAGCCGAUAUAUAAUUAAAAUAAAUAUAAUGAUUUUUAAAAUAGCUGAAGUUAUCGUCACUACUAUUUUAAAGUUUCUACGCAUUAUAAAAUUGAAUAUUACAGGUAUUAUCGAUUGGGAAUGGGCAGGCUCAUAUCCAUGUUCAGAAGAAUAUUUUCUAUCUUAUUUUGGUGAUGCUGAUUUAAAACCAUAUUUUUAUGAACAAUUAGAAUUAUUAAAUAUUGAAACACCGAGAACAAUUAAAAAUUUUCAUUUCAUACAAUUAUUGUAUGAUUUAAAAAGUAAUAUAGCUCCAUGGUUUCUAAGAGAAUUAGCAAAUCCUGAUCAACAAAAUGAUUUAGUACAAUUAAAAUUGAAUGAAUCUAAAACAAUUGUUAAACAAAUUGUUGAUGAAUUAAAAACCUACAGCGGAACAAUGCCAAUCGCCUGA